UUCUGUCUUCAGUCAAGGCUAGAUCAACAACUUGAAAGCACUUUGAGUGUCUGGUCUUAUUCAUCCAUGAUGAGAGGAGGUGAAGAAGAUGAAGGAGUCAGGAUGGCAUAGAUGGACCCAAGGUUCAGCCGAGCGAGGGGCAAGUUUUACUGCACUGUAGUACUGAGAGCUGCUGUGAAAGUUGUUCUUAACCCUGGUUUGUACUCUUAACCCAAAGAAAGGAAGCAGAAGAGGGACAAGUUGGACAAGACCAGAAACGAGUCCAUCGGAGGUGGAACUGUUUGGAGACAUGCUUAGGAAGAACAGACCCAGGUGGUUUUGGGUUUUUUUCACCAACAGUGAGCGAGGACCACAGGUCUGGCCAAGCAGUGGCUGUUCCGUGCCUGGCUGGAACACUGCGCUUUGUGUGCGCAGGUGCCCUCCUCUGGCCAGUUGCAGUCAUUACAAGGCUUGUCAACACUUGCCCUUUUUGUGACCAGUUUCUCUUCAUCGUCACUGCCGUGUAUUUCUAGUGGGAAGGGCGAGCGCCGGCUCCAGCAACUGCUGACGUCAGCUCUUUUCGCGUCUCAUCUCCAAAAUGUACAAGUCGCAGGCACUUUAUUGUAACCGAGGUAUAACGAUCCAUGGCGUGUGCGCAUGCGUAAGCAACACAAGCCUGGACGUUACACAAUUAAAAACAUUUAAGCAGUUAUACACGCGCUAAAGCCACUCAUUGAAGAGUCACAAUCAAACGUCACAAGUAAAGCGAAUAAUAUAGAUAGAUAGAUAGAUAGAUAGAUCUCCAUCCCAGAGAAAGUGUGACACACAGCGCGCGUGUGACGCAGAGAAAACAGGAAGUCCCACAGCAACACGUGAACAGAUUUGGGCUCCGUUCUGGCGUGAGCUCGCAACAGAGGAGCGCGCAGCUGGUGUCACUCUGGAGCGAUGUCAGACCAGCGGCCUUCAGCCCUGCUGGACGCCUGCGUGGUCGUCGGGGCGUCCAACGACAAGCUGCUGGAUAUUUGUCAGCAGGUCACUGACAACAAUGGGACCCCAGAGCGCCACCUGCUUGAGCCAGAAGUACUGCACAUCUUCGCACCUCCGUUUUUAAACUGGGCACAAGCUGAUAAUGAGGCUCGAUCACAUGGCCGCCGUGCCUUCUUGAAGAAGAAAAGAAAAGCGGAGACCCAACUGAGUGCAGUCACCUCAGAAAGAAAGGGUGGAACUGAAGAUAUCAGUGUUCCUAAAGACAUCGACCUCACAGUGUUACCUCAGCUCUGCUUUCCUGGUAUCAUCUGUCUCUUUAUUAAACGUGUCGCAUUGCUAAUCAAUCGUCCGCAAUGUCAUCGUCCAAAUAUUUGGCUUCGAUUUCCUCUUCCAGAUGGGCUCCAAGUGACGAGGGAACACACACAAGAGCAGUUCCAUUUUCUGGUUUUCACCGACGUCUUUGGCCACCGGUCACAUGGAGUUGUAAUGCGAUGUUCCCGCCCCAUUCUGGGCACUUGUUCUGAAUUGGAGAAUGGCCAUGGCCCCUCAAAGUGUUCACAUCUUCACUCGUCCUACAGCUUCUGCGUCAUCUCCAAAUACCCCUACUUCAAUGCGUUGAAGGACUGUCUCUCAUGCUUACUAGUGCAGCUCACAACGUGCCGCUUAUCAGAAAUGGAGGGAAGGGUGAGAGAGUUUGCGGCCAAAUUGUCUGUGGUGCCGAUCCCCCCUCCAGGACAGCUCCACUUGACCUUCACCUUUCAUCCUCUGACCAUCUAUCUGCCUUCUGGGGAAGAUAGAGAUCACCCUGCAGUGGAUUUAGACCUUCACCUUCCAUUCCUCUGCUUCAGGCCACAAGCUCUCCUCCAGGUCUUGUCUUGCCUUCUCCAGGAGCAGAGGGUGGUUCUGUUUUCUGCUAACUGGGCGAGACUGACGCUCGUGGCAGAGAGCUUGCUGCUGUUUUUGAAGCCUUUGUCAUGGCAGCAGCCGUACGUCCCGGUUCUGGCUCGAAGCAUGUUGGACUUUGUCAUGGCUCCAACUGCUUUUCUCAUGGGCUGCCACCUCAGCCACUUUGAAGAAGUUGCCACUGAAACCGACGACCUGAUCUUGAUCAACAUUGAUAACGGGCACGUCUCCACCUCGUGCUCGGAGACGGUGGACCUUCCUGAGAUACCAGCACCUGCCGCAGACUGCUUCAGCCACAGGUGUCAGGCUCUGCAGAAGCAUUUUGACCUGGAUCAGUGCCACCACGCCACCUGCACCCAUAUUGAUGAUCAUCGUGCGCAGAAGCGAACAUGGCAGCGCCGGCUUAACCACGACAUCCAGAGGAUCGCUCUGGAACUGAUGGUCAACAUCUUCAGGGACGUGAGCUGCCACCUCAACUACGAACACAGAGUCUUCAACAGCGAAGAGUUCCUCGCCAGCAGAGAACCCAGCGAACAGCUCUUCUACAAAAACGUGUUGGAAACGCACAUCUUCCAUUCCUUUCUCAAGGAUCGUCUCAACAGGAAGAUGGACCAUUACUCCCGCUUGGAACUUGGAACUCGAUCUGAGAUGCAAAAGAUGAAGGCCAAGGUGGAAAUCCCGCGCAGACCGACCAUGCAGGAGAUUCAGGCCCGCAGAAGGAGCUUGGGCACCGACAGCACGAGCGCCAAGAGAAUGGGCGCCAUCUUGCCAAACCUUGGAGAAGAGCCCACGCUUGGCAUCAAAAGAAACUCACUCACCGGAGUCCUGGUGUCCGACACUGCCCUGAAGACUCCUCUGAAGCCCGUCAAGGUUUUUCAACUUCCCGACUUUCCGCCAUCUUUGUCCUUCACUUCAGUCCAGAGCUACUACAGUGAGCUGAUCCAGCGUCUGAGCGAGGCCAUCGCCUUUUUCCAAAAUGAGAAUUCCACCCUCUUAGCAAGAUUCUACUAUCUGCGUGGCUUCAUCAACUGGCUGUGCUCGCGCCGUCUGGACGCACUCAGUGACUUCCAAACGCUCUACAAGACGGACACGGCCAUCUUUCCCACGCAGUUGGUGACUUGGCUCGCCGACUCCCUGCACCAAGACGAGAGGCAACAGGCUGAUGCAGUGCCCGAGCUCAAGAGGCUGAUACUGAAGGUGAAGAUAGAGAAGGAGAAGUCAUCCGCAGAGCCUGAUGACCACGUGAAGAAGUUUGAGCUUCCACGCAAAUCCCUUGAUCAGGAACAGUUUGUGCGCUGCAUCCAAGAGUGCGGGAUAGUGCAGGACGUGGCCACAAUACAUCGCUUGUUCGAUGCGCUCACUCAUGCAGGCCAGACGAAGCAGGUGGAGCCCGAGCUCUUCAAACGCUUCUACACCUUCUGGAAGGUAACUGAGUCGGAAGCGCAAGAUUUCAACUUGCCCUCCGAGGUCGUGGACCAUCUGGACAACAGCGAGUGCGUCUAUAAGCUGUCCUCUUGGGUCAAGACCUCUCAUGGUGUCGGCAAAAUCGCUAUGACACAGAAGCGCUUAUUCCUGCUCACCGAGGGAAAACCAGGCUUUGUGGAGAUCACCAAAUUCAGAGAUAUACAGGAGGUGAAGGUGGCUUCGUUUCCCUUCUUGCUAGUGAGGAUUCCCUCACUGCGGAUUCUGACCGCCAGUCCUCUUGAAGUAUUUGAAGCCAACUUGAAGAGUGAAACGGAACUUUGGAAUCUCCUGAUCCUGGAAAUGUGGGCUGGACGCAAGAUGGCCGACCAGCACAAGGACCCACAGUACGUGACCCAGGCGCUGACAAACGUCCUGUUAAUGGAUGCUGUCACAGGCUCCCUGCUGAGCCCAAGGGCGGUCAGCACCGCCUCAAAGCUGUCUUACCUGCACACCAUUAAACACCAAGUUCCCAUGAUGAUGCCUAAAACUACCUCCGAGACUCUGAAACACAAGAUCAACCCGUCUCUGGAUCUGGCAGAACCACAAACGGUGCAUCUGCUGCUCUACACACCAGGUCAGCUAACUUGCCUGGACUCUGACAUGGUGGUGAACCCCAUGUUGUGGGUGGCUCUCAGUGGAGGUCGAGUGGUUGUGUUUGACGCCACCUGCUGGUCAAAGCUGCAGGACUGCAUCCAGGUUGGAGAGUCACAGCUGAACUGCAUGCUGGGACUGGUUGGAAAUCAGGUGUGGCUGGGCUCCCAGGAUUCUGUCAUCUACAUCAUCGACACUCUGAGCAUGUCCUGCAACAAACAGUUGACCGAGCACCGUCAGGAAGUGACCGGCCUCACCAGGGGCACUGGAGAUGUGCCCAGUGGGCAGGUGUUCUCUUGCAGCUGCGAUGGCACAGUCCUGCAGUGGGACUCGUCCAGUCUAGAAGUAAGGCGGCAGUUCCAACUCAGCUGUGAGCGUCUGACCUCUGUGCAGAUCCACGAUGGCAGGCUGUGGUGCUGCUGUGGCGACUGCAUUUUGGAACUAAAAAAGAAUGGAACUCCACAGAGGCGAAUGGUGCCUCCUGACAGUCACUGGAACAUGCACGGGUGCUUCAGCAGCUUUAUUGUCUUUCCAGAGAGAGGUCAGCUGUGGACAGGAUCGGCAGACUCGCACGAGCUACUUGUCUGGCUCACAAAUGGCAAUAAACAGUGCUUUAAAAAGGUCUCCCUCCCUGGAAUCUCUGGAGUCACUUGUAUGAUCAGGGUUAAAGAUCAGAUCUGGGUGGGAUGUUGCGGCGGUCAGAAGGACUGUCCGCAGAGGAGCCAGGUCAUGGUGCUGGAUCCAGAAACCCUCAGCGUUGCUAAAGAACUCCAGGCACACUCUGACCGCAUCCAGACACUGUGUUCUGCUGAGGAUCGCUAUGUUUUGAGUGGCUCUGCUCGAUACGACGGCAGGAUCGCCAUCUGGAAAGUGGAGUAGUGUUGGAGCAAAAGCUUAAUUUGUCCGACAUUUCCCCUCGUCUUUAAGAAUGUGUUGGAGCUAACAGUUCUAAUGGUGUACCUGUCAUCUACUGCAUCUUUGUCAAGUCUCAGAUACACCUUUCUUUAUCAGGUUUGGACAAGUGUGACAUCAUUUUUACUGUUUCCCAACAAACAAACCAUACGACUAACAAUGAAUAAAUAAAUAAAAAAAAAA